AUGUCGGUGGUUGUAAGGUGCGACCGCCCUUACGGUAAGAAAGAGCUGAAAGAAAUUAUUAAAAGUUGUGGUGGUUGUCCACCGAUGGAACCACAAUGCCCACCGUGUCCUCCGUCGUACUCGGAACCCAUAAUUUGUUGCCCUCCUAGUCCACCUAGUGGUAAUUGCCCAUCUUCAUUACCUUGCCCUCCACGACCUUUUGUAUGCCCGCCCUGUUGCUGCUAUCCGUGCGUCACCUGUGCACCUUUACCUAAGCCAGUGCCCGCUCCUCCCGAAUAUGGACCCGUUAUAAGGACACGUGUCACCUCUGGAGGACUUUUCUACACUGGGACCAUCAAAUGUUAUCCUUGCGUACCUUGCACAACACCUGUUUGCUGUCCCUAAACACCCUUCUACCUGUC